UGCAGCUUCCGCAUGUUGUGUUGUCCCAAUCCGCAUGUGCGUACAUCUCAACAGCCCGCCUGUUUGAAAACAAGCGAGGGAAUCAAACCUUAAAGGUUGCUACCAAAAUCAUGCCUGUCAUUGUGUUGACGAAAUGGGAUAUGCCAGGCGACCACCGGACCAUCAUUCCAAUCUCCGAGAUCAGCACAGGCAAUCACCACAGCCACCACUCGGUCAAGGGCACAGUGAUACACAAAGGUCCCCUGGUGUCGUCCUCAACUUACCACUUCAUCCUGAAGGCUGUCAUUGCAGGAGACAAUGCCGAAGCUGAGGGAUCGUCCAUCAAUAUCGUUAUUUUGGGGACGCUGGCCAAAGACUUCUCUCAGGCUGUCAAUGAAAAGGAUGUGGUGAUAGCCUCAGGCUACACGGUGGGCAAAUCUCCCACGGCGCGUAAAGACAAACGGCACGUGUGCAACCUGCUGCUGUCGGGAGACCAAGCCCAAAUUCAUGUUUUUUGGCAUUCACCCAGUGACCUUCCAUCUUCACGCCAAGCCAAGAUGAAAAAAACCUCGGCCCCUCCUACGCUUUUAAGUACUCCAAAGUACAAGUACGUCAAGCUCUCCGACCUAAAUGCUGGAGCUGUUGUUAACGUGUACGGCGUGGUGGUGUUCUUCAAACAGCCCUACAAGAGUCGCGGCACAGAUUUUUGCUCCAGUCUAAAGAUCACUGAUCAAUCGGAGCAAAAGAUCACCUGCACCAUUUUCUGUAGUAAACCGGAAUCGCAUCCACAAAUCUUCCAGAUCGGCGACAUUGUGCGCUUACACAGAGUCAAGAUUCAACCUUACAAAGAUUCCGUAACACUGAUGAACAGCUUCGGCUUUUCUGCAUUGGCCUUUAGCGGGAAAGUGGACGCUGACACUGAGCCUCGGACCUCCAGCAAAACUUUCCACUUUACAGAAGAGGACCGUCGCACAGUGACAGAGCUGCGCUCCUGGGCAGCAGACCAGAAUCUGAUGUCCGAGGAUCUUAACGUCCGUCUCUCUGGCGCCCAGCCCAAAACGUAUUUCAACCUUACCUGCCAGCUGCUUGCCAAAGCACCUGUUCACUCCACCUGCACUCUGCUCAGGGUGUGGGAUGGCACUCGAUGUCCCUACGCUCUGCUAAAGGUGACAGUGAAUGCCAACAUCAUUGAGGGAACAACAUCCUUCUCAGAGGAGCGUGAGAAGCUCAUUGCUAACGUGUUGGUGUUUGACAACCACGUACAGUGCACUAAGAAUCUCAAGCCUGGAGACUUCUUGAGGAUAUUCAACCUACGAGCCAUCCCUGGUUCCAUCAGGCUUCCCGGGGUGAGGAGCAGCCAGGUAGAGGAGAUCAACCACCUUUCCUUCCACCUGCACGGCGGUACGGCGUACGGAAGGGGCAUACGCAUCCUGCCCGACAACUGCACUGACGUUCAGGAGCUGAAGAGGAUAAUGAAGGUUUUCCAUGAAAACAUGGAGUUAAAUCAGCCUGAAGUCAACGACUCAGCAAUGUGGGAUGCGUGGAAUACGCCUCCACAAUCUCCAGUGAAAGGGGCUUCAGUGGAGUUCAGCACAGAGAGAACAUGUGAUCACGAACUUCAGCCCGUGACCCUGAGCGAACUGAAGCAUUGCACGCCAGGCAGUUUUCAUCACGUCAGAGCCCAGCUACGAUCCUAUGAGCCAUCGAGACUCCACCAAGUGCUCAAACUUUAUUGCAGCAAGUGCCAAUCCAUGCAGGACAUCCCUGACAACAAGCUUGUGUCGAAAGUGUUUUCCGAGGCUUCGACCGUACCAAACGGUCCCCCCAGCCCCCCGGAUUGGUGCCUGUCCGGACAGGUUCAUUUGCCAGGGGAAUCGGAGCCAGGACCAGGUGGUCGCACGCUCAAUGUCCAUCUGUCCGCACAGCUUACAGUUGAGGGAAGGUCAAAGGAGCUCAUCUUCCUCACAGGUUGCACACCACUGGAAGCAUGUCACCUAGCCACCACGUUCACAAAUGUGAUCCCUGUCAGGUCAUUGCCGGGGGGUCAGCUGGAUUUGCUUGACCUGAGUGUGCCAUUCCUUUUCCGUGGAAGGAAGAGGUUUUACGGGUGUAAGCAGUGUUCCAAGGGAGCCGCUGUCAGAGAACCAAAAGCAGACGGAGACAAUAUCAUAGAUGAAAAGAAAAUCGCUGAAGCAUUUGGCAUUCAGCUCCUGAAGUUUGUCCUGCUACUGACGUUCCACCUGCAAGAUGCCACUGACAAACUUGAUGCCUACCUGUUGAGAGAGUCGGAACACUUCUUCAAUGUAUCGACGGAGGAGACCGCUACCAAACAAGAGGUUCAGGACAGAAUCAGUCGAACAUUGAACUACUAUUGCCCACCAGAGGGCAACGCAGAUGAACGUCCGUGGCUCGAUUUGUGUUUGGCGGCAUACAGAACUUACAUGGACGAAAACAAAAAAGUCUACUUUCAGAUUAAAAGCACAAGAACACGGGAACUUUGACUGUUACCCAACACAGUUCUAUGUGUAUUAUUUUUAUAGUUGCUCUUAAACUUUUUCUUUGCUUUAUUUAAAAAAUUUUUAAAAAUCUGUGAAAAGCAAAGAUGACAUUUGAACAAACGUAUUGAGACACCAAGAGGAAGUGAAAUGGAAGAAAAUACGGGGGAAAAGUAUUUGGACCCACAUUAGAAAUCAAAAUCUGGUUGGACAAAAUUAUCAGUACACACACAGGAAGUCGGAGGUGAAGAAAUGUGGAAUUUGGACAAAAAUACUGAGGUAUCACAAACGUUCUGGGACAUGAACGAGACAUGAACAAUACCAUUUGGACACAAGUGCCAGGUUAAACACCAAGGGGAAGCAUGAAAAAAGUUGGCUUUUUAAUGCAAACGUGUUUACAAUGAUAACUGACUAGUAAACAAGGAACUAUGUGUGGUUAUUAGACCUGGGCUAUCUUGUUUUUUUAAGUGAGUGGUUAUUAGACCCGGGCUACCUUGUUUUUUUAAGUGAGAAUAAGAGAAUGUUCAAAGUUUAGGAGAAAUGUACAGUCAAUA